AGAGUUUUCGCAGCCUGUGUGAAGGGCUACACCGCCUCCAUUCCUUUCUCUUUCUCUAUCGACCAGUCUGCACUUGGCCCUGUCUGAGGAGCUCGCAGCCUUGGCUUUCCCCUUGCAGCACAGCUGAAGAGGGGCGCUUCUACGGACCCCAUCUGCAUCCUAAAACCGUUCUGUGUAACUAAAGGACUCAGUAAGCGCCGUGUACGAUGUUGAGACUCAUCUUUUUGGCCGCUCUCGCCGGGUUCUCUCGAGCCAGUGAUGUGCUUGAGUACACGGAUGACGAUUUCGAAAGCAGGAUCGGAGACCAUGAGCUCAUUCUCGUGGAGUUCUUUGCCCCUUGGUGUGGCCAUUGUAAACGGUUGGCACCUGAGUACGAGGCAGCAGCCACACGUUUGAAAGGCAUCGUUGCACUGGCCAAGGUUGACUGCACUGCCAACAGCAACACAUGCAGCAAAUAUGGCGUCAGUGGCUACCCAACCCUCAAGAUCUUCAGGGAUGGCGAUGAAUCUGGUCCCUAUGAUGGUCCCAGAAAUGCAGAUGGGAUUGUCAGCUUCCUGAAGAAGCAGGCUGGUCCAGCUUCUGUGGUGCUCAAGGAUAACGCAGACCUAGAAAAGUUUCUUGCAGAUCAAGAUGCAAGUGUUGUCGGAUUCUUUGCUGAUGACAAGAGCACAGAACAGGCUGAGUUCCUGAAGGCAGCGAGCGCCUUGAGGGACAACUACCGCUUCGCCCACACAAACUCUGAGGCUCUCCUCAAAAGCCAUGACAUUGAGGGAGAGGGAGUCAUUUUGUUCCGUCCACCCCAACUCAACAACAAGUUUGAAGACAGCUCGGUCAAAUUCAGUGACGAUAAAUACACCAGCAACAAAAUCAAGAGAUUCAUCCAGGAUAACAUCUUUGGAUUCUGUCCCCACAUGAAUGACAACAACAAGGACCAGCUGAAAGGGAAGGACCUCCUGGUGGCUUAUUAUGAUGUUGACUACGAGAAAAACCCUAAAGGCUCCAACUAUUGGAGGAACAGGGUGAUGAAGGUGGCAAAGGGCUUCCUGGAUCAGGGCAAGAAGCUGAACUUUGCUGUAGCUAACAAGAACAUGUUCAACCACGAGUUGUCUGAGUUUGGCCUGAAUCCCAGUGGCGAACUGCCUGUGGUGGCCAUCCGCACCGCCAAAGGAGACAAAUACACCAUGACUGAGGAGUUCUCUCGUGAUGGAAAAGCUCUGGAGCGUUUCUUGCAGGACUACUUUGAUGGCAAGCUGAAGCGCUAUCUCAAAUCAGAACCCAUCCCAGAGAACAACGAUGGACCUGUUAAGGUUGUGGUGGCUGAGAACUUCGACUCCAUCGUUAACGAUGACAGCAAAGACGUGCUGAUUGAAUUCUACGCUCCGUGGUGCGGGCACUGCAAAAGCCUGGAGCCCAAAUACACAGAGCUGGGAGAGAAGCUGGCCGAUGAUCCCAACGUCGUCAUUGCCAAGAUGGAUGCCACAGCCAAUGAUGUGCCAUCUCCAUAUGAAGUCAGCGGAUUCCCUACAAUCUACUUUUCUCCAGCUGGACGCAAGUUGAGCCCAAAGAAAUAUGAGGGAGGUCGCGAGGUGAGCGACUUCCUCUCCUACCUGAAGAGGGAGGCCUCAAACCCGCUGGUGAUGCAGGAGGAGCCCAAGAAAAAGAAGAAGAAGAAGUCAGAGCUAUAAAAGCUCCAAACAGGAACUCAGCAGCACCCCUCCCUACCUCCACCACCACAACAGGAGGAUUGGGGAAGAAAAAGAACUAAAUUAUAUUCCUCUCUUAGUGAACUACCGAAUGGUCUGAAGUCAAAGACGUGGCCCUUCCUUUAGGUCCUCGUUGUGCUGGGAAUGCUGUGGAAGGUGGAGAGGUUUUGGCCAGGGUCUGCCCAAUAUUUCAAAACCAAUUUUUAGGGAAGAUGGGAUGACUUUUUAAAACAUGAGAUUUCUAUUUCCCCUGGUCUGUCUACUACACCUCAGGCUGAUGCACUUUGGUUUGA